AUGGACAAAAUCUACAGCAUCCCCAAAUCGGAACCAGUCAGUUUUAAGAAAAUUUUGGAUGAAUUUGUUACUGAGCUUAAGAAAACAGAAUUUCCAGAGAACGACCAGGAUGUACAACGACUAAUGGGAAUGGAAAGAAAAAAUACUGUUUAUGAAAAAGUUAAAUCUUCAACUUCUUUGGAAUUGUUAGACUCGCCAGAUGAUGUUCGAGUUGCACCUUAUGUUCCAGGCAUAAGUGAAUUUAAACGUAAAACUACGAAACAAAACCUAACUAUUGACGCAAGACUAAACUCGGUGCAGAAGUUAAUCAAAGAGAAAGAAGCGAGUUAUGGUAGCCCAUUUAUUAAAACACAGGAUUCUUUUAAACAAGUUCAUACACCUGUAAACCCUGCUGACCAUAAUUUAGAACCGUUCAGUGAUGUAGUUAUUUCAGUUCGUUUUUAUAGACCAAAAACUGAUACACCUCUUAAGCGUAGAACCUAUCCAACAUUCAGUGAAGAGUUUAAAUGCCUUGGUUCCAACUUUCUUUCCGAGUUACGUGAUAAGAUUUCUUGUGUGUGCAACAAGAAACGUUUCUUUGAGCUGAGUGAAAAUCCUAAAGUUGAAAAUCCUGAAAAAUUAUGUGAUCCAGGAUUUUUCUUUAUUGAAAAUACAUUUUACAAUGACAUGCGUAAUCCAGCCAAUGCUGAUUAUUCUGAAGUUAUACGAGAAUGGUCAAGAAAGAAAACGAAAUGUUACCAAAAAAUACCAUUUCAAACUCGACGCAUGGAAAAGACUCGUUUCAUUGAUUUGGAAGUUAGUUUGGGUUUUCCUCAAUUGUAUCAACAUCACGGGAACUGUGAACAUUUAUUUACAUUUUCUUAUGUAGAACUACUUUCAAUACAUACCUGCCUCGUGCGUGAGUUGUAUCCACUUCUUAAGUCUGUAAACGCGUACAAUGCCAAGUUUUGUCACAUGUGUGGAAAACGGGAAUAUGUUUAUGUUGUUAAGAACAGUAAAAGGCAAUUACAUGAUCCAGCGUACCUUUGUUCAGUAUGUUUUAUUUCAUUUCAUUAUGUGAAUGGGAAAAAAGUUGAUGAAUUCAAUGCAUAUAGGCUUGUGUCGUAUAACGAAAAACUCGAUGACCAUGAAUGUUUUAUUGUUGAACACCUAGAAGUUUUUGAUGACAUAGAUGAAAGUGUUGAAGAAGAAGAAGAAGGACCCGGACCAUCCAAGAUCAAAAAAGAAAUUUAAACACAUAAUUAAUACUGAUAAAAUAAUAUUAUAAUCUUUUUAUUUUUUAAUAAUAUUUUUGAAUUCCUUUUUUCUAUGGAAGUUUUUUUUUUUAAUUUUUAAACAAAUUGUUUGGUCUUAAGAAUUUAAAAAGAAAUAUUUACGUAUGUAAAUCUACCAUUAUUUUGUUACUGAAAAUAAAUUUUUUUAACUUACUCAAA